AGCAGAAGCGAUCCAAACGUUCUAAAAGCUCCACAGCUCCUCCAGCUAACCAAACAACAACCAACCCAACCUUAACCAUGAAGUGCAUCGUUGCCGCCGUUGCCAUUGUCGUGCUGGCCGUCGCCGCCGAGGCCGGAUAUCCUUACGCCGGAUACCCGUACGGAUACGGAGCCACCGUUGUCCAGGCGAACGCUCCGGCCUGGCCGUACGCCCACGCCGGGUAUCCUUACGCCCACGCUGCCGCCUUCCCGUACGCCGCCCAUGGUGCUUACCCGGCCGCCAUCGCUGCUUACGCCGCCCCUCAUGCCGCUCUGCUGGCCGCUCCCCACGCCCCGCUCGCCUCGGUCGCUCACCACGCCGGAGUCGUCCCCGGAGCCACCUCGGUCACCGCCACCCGCGGUGCCGUCCAUGUUGCCCCUCUGCCGGGACACGCCGUCUCGCAGAAGCAGCUGAACCUGGCUCCGGCCCCCGGAACUCUGUAAGCGCUGAAAACACCGCACUGAAACUGGUGGCUAACGAAGGAACCGGAAAUGGACCAAACGUGGAGUGUGUGAUCGUGUGAAGGAGCGACGAGAACAGGGGGAGCCCGACUGGCCACAACAGCAGAGGCGGGCUCGACCGAGCGGAGUGUGUUUUGCAAAGGAAGGAUAUACUCUUGUUUCUUUUUGUUUGUUCACGCUUAUCUCAGCUGAUUGUACAUUUGCUGUAAAUAGUUGUUAUUUACACGAAUAAAUGACAAUUUUGUAAACAAAA